GCUAUUAUUACCCUCACCAUACUACUCUCUCUCUCUCUCUCCUUCUUCUUCUUCUUCUACUGCUAUUACUACACCCUUCGUAUUCUUCGGAAGCCCUCCUCUCUCUCUCUCUACCUGGCAAUGCCUGUCUAGACACAUAUCUUCUUUCUCUCUCACUAUCUCUCUCUCUCAGAUCUUCGUUAGUAUCGCUAAGCUGAUCAGUGAUCGUCGACGAUGUGCUCGAAGGAAAAGUAGUUUUUACGUUUGCGUAAUGGCUGUUCUGAGGGGAAUGGGGUGAAGCCGGAUCGAUUGUUUGGCCGGAGAUUUUGAUCGAUAUGGGGAAAAAAGGAAGCAGCUGGUUCUCGACGGUUAAGAAGGUUUUCAAAAAUUCUUCCAAGGAUUUGCCGGACAAAAAGGAUCAGAUUACGGAUAAAUGGCAGCAACAUGAUGCUCCGGAGGUGGUGUCGUUUGAACAUUUUCCGGCAGAGAGUUCUCCGGACAGAACCAAUGACGAGAGCACUGCAUCAACUCCUGCGAACAAUGAAGACCGGCAACAUGCCAUUGCCGUGGCAAUGGCGACGGCUGCUGCCGCAGAUGCUGCGGUAGUGGCAGCUCAAGCGGCUGCUAAAGUUGUAAGAUUGGCUGGUUAUGGACGUCAAUACUACUCUGUGGAGGAAAGGGCUGCAACCCUCAUACAGUCAUUUUACAGAGGCUACCUAGCUCGACGAGCUCGACGGGCGUUGAAGGGAUUGGUGAGGCUGCAAGCAUUGGUGAGAGGCCAUAACGUGCGGAAGCAAGCACAGAUGACAAUGCGAUGCAUGCAGGCACUAGUUCGAGUUCAAGCAAGAGUUCGAGCUCGACGAAUCAAAUUGACACAUAACAAGCAGCAGAGUCAUAAACAAACGGACAGUGAUAUUGAUGAUGAAGAAGAAAGAUUAAGAGCUUUGAUAGAGCUGGAAGAAGAGCAUAAUCUAAGAAGUCCUAUGAAGAAACAUGAAAUGCAAACUAGGCAUCAGAGAAGUGAAAGCUAUUCCAAGGAAAAUGCCUCGAGGAAACAUGAUGCUGUGGUUAAAAGGGAGAGAGCUCUUGCUUAUGCUUAUAGCUACCAGCAACAACAACAGCUUCUACAAUCCGUUCCUCAUGGUAGCGAUGUUGGGCUACAGGCCAACCAGCGUGAAAAGGACCAAUGGGGAUGGAAUUGGCUUGAGGGUUGGAUGUCAUCGCAACCUUACAAAGCCCGCCACUCAGGCCCACGAGACACCACUUAUAUGACACCGGGCACUACCACAACCACCGGCGAUAACAUUUCCGAGAAGACAGUAGAAAUGGACUCCACGGCAUUUCCAACAUUGCGGAGUCAUUUCAAACAAGACAUGGCUAAUUCUAACCCGUAUUCAGCUCGACAAAACAACCCAAGCCCUGACAAUGUACCUAGCUACAUGACACCAACCCAAUCUGCCAAGGCCAAGGUACGAGGCCAGGGCUUGGUCAAGCAACGAAGCCCUCCCACUCCCCAAUGGAACCCUUCAACAAAGAAAGGAUCGGUAGUUGGUUCGGGUUGUGAUUCGUCAAGCUCGGGUGGAGGACCCACAAGCUACUUGAUCCCAAGGAGCCCAAGCCCAAAGAGUAAUGGAGUACGCGGGCAGGCGAGAUUGUCAUUGGGCUUUGGCCCUGAUUCUCCGCAUGGCGAAGAUUGGGCCCUGCCUCUCGCUGUUCAUGGUUGGAGACAUGAUUUCGGUUAGUUCUGCUUUGAUAAUGGUGUGGUACCAGGCUAAGUUUUUCAAGAAAAAAAAAAAGGUUUGUUAAUAUGCUCUGUUAUUGUUUUAUUUAAUUUUGUAAUAGACUUCCAUGAAGUUUGCAAUAAGUUAUGUAUCUUCUGUGAAAAAUUAAAAAAGGGUGGCCAGUAGGCCAUAUAUCAUAAUGUCUUCUCCUUUUACCUUCUUCAAUUUCAUGUCUUUAAUCUU